AGUGGAGAAACCUUCAAAAUUCUUUCAUUCAACGCAGCAGUUUGAACACAAUGACAUCUCCAGUGUUGGCUCUCUGUCUCACAUGUUUGUUCUUGGGAAAAAUGACUCAGACUACUAAUCUGAAAUGGUCCUCAUCUGUUCCUCAAGAGAGUGGUUUUGUUUCAGUUAAAACUGGGGACAAGUUGACUUUGCAAUGUUCCGGUGAGGGUUCUGUUCCUGCAAGGCUUUACUGGUAUAAACACACUCUGGGACAGAAACCGAGGGCCAUCUCUAGCUUUUACAAGUAUGAAAGAAAUCACACUUUUUAUGAUGAAUUCAAGAACAAUCCACGCUUCACACUGGAGACUGAAAACGGUAAAAACAACUUGAUGAUCACAGAUUUACGCAUUUCAGAUUCAGCUACUUACUACUGCAUUAAUUAUUCAUAUACAUUACAAUUUUCGGAGAGUGUUAUUGUCAGUGUAAAGGGUUCAGGUUUGAACGUCCCAGUUUUGGUCCAUCAGUCAGCAUCUGAGCCCAUCCAGCCAGGAGGCUCUGUGACUCUGAACUGUACAGUACACACUGGGACCUGUGAUGGAGAACACAGUGUUUACUGGUUCAAAAACUCUGAAGAAUCUCAUCUAGGACUCAUUUACACCCAUGGAGGCAGGAACGAUCAGUGUGAGAGGAAUUCCAACACACAAACACACACCUGUGUCUACAACUUGCCACUGGAGAGCCUGGAUCUGUCUCAUGCUGGGACCUACUACUGUGCUGUUGCCUCAUGUGGACACAUACUGUUUGGAAACGGGACCAAGCUGGACAUUGAAGAUGAGGUUGACUUGGUGUUUCUCGCGAGUGGAGCUUCUGCAUUCACCUCCAUCCUGGUAGUUUUACUGGCUUUCUCAGUGUGCAUGAUGACCAGAAAAGUGUCUCAAACAAGAACUUCAGCUCCCUCCACAGCAGCAGAGGGUUACCAAUAUGCAGACAACCUCUGUUACGCUGCUUCAAGUGUUAAGCUGCCCAACAGAUGCAGAAGACAGAGGGAUCAAACCUGGACUGAAUGUGUGUACUACAGCGUAAAGCAGUAGAACGUGAUAUAUUACAUUUGUACUAAGACAGGAUUUUCUUAGUGCCUCCUUAAAAGUUUAAUGUAGAUUAAAGUUUGAGGUAGAUAUGCUUUUAAAAGCUUAUUUGUGGUCUGCAACCAAAAUAAACUUGAACUUUUUUAAUAUAGUCUUUCAUGCAAAAUUGCAAGACAAAGUGCUUAACAAAACAAUAAAAUGCAGUAGUACAAUGAAAAUAAUACAAUAAUACGGUGAAAAUAAAUGGUCAUAUAAGGAAAUAAUGUCGCUGUAGGUACACCAGAAACAAAAACAUUUCAGUAAUCAAGCCUGCUAGUGGUAAAAACAUGCAUACGUCGCUCAGUAUCUGCCUCGGAGAAAAACUGUUGCGCUUUAGCAAUAUUUCUAACAUGAUAAAUGCAGUUUUAGUGAAACUGCUAAUGUGAGAUUCAAAAUUGACAUCAGGGUCAAGAAGUAAGUAGAUUUUUGGUGUUCCACAGUAUCGCUCCUCCUCAAGAACUUUUUCUUAGAAAAUAGAGGUUUGAAAAUUGUCUGUAACUGUUCAGCACUUACAGAUCAAGGUUAUUUCUAUUUAGGAGAGGUUUCACAAUUGUAGUUUUUAUUUCCAUUGGGAAAAUACAGCAGACUUACAAUCGCUGGCACUUCAUCUUCUAAACAAUUAAACACAGCCUUAAAAAAGGUGUUAAGGUGAAAAAAGAAGCAAAAAUCACUACUGUGGAUUAUUCUACAGUUUAGGUUGUCAGCAAACAUAAAGGCAGUCCCACUGUCUUUUUUCCCUAUGCCCUAUAAAAAGGGAACAUCUCAAUAGGAGCAGCAGGUCUGUCACUAUUAACAGACCUGCUGCUCACUAACCAGGUUUCUGUUGAAGACAUGUAGUCAAGUUUAUGUUUAGAUAUGAGUUUGUUGAUAAAGUCUUAUUGCUAAGUGAUCAAACAUUGAGUGCCAUAUUGAUUUUUUCCCAUAUAAUCUUUCUUAGUGAAGGAUGUGGAACAUUUAAUGGGAUGGAGAUCAGAUUAACUGCAGUUAUUCCGCGAGUAGUACAAUUGUAGUGAUUGUUAAUGGAUCUUACAUGUUGCCUGCUGCAAAUGUUAACUGGGAUGAAAUUAAACUGAAAACAAACAACAAAAAAGCAGUACCUGAUUUUGAGGCAUGUUGACAUUUUGAGGCAGGGUGACCAUGUAUCACCAAUUAUAAGGUUAUUUUUAUUCAGUUAUUUGACUUAAUCAGUUUAUUUAGAAGCCCAGAAACAUUGAUGCCGUAGAAGCCACUCGUGUGCUUUUAGGAUCAAGAUUGUCUUUUUAUGCUGGUUUUGAACCAAAUCAUGUAAGCUAUGUUUUUUUGUCUGCACAUUUUAUGUUAAUUUGUUACUGAUCAAAUAAACA